UGGGCGUGAGCUGGAGCGAGAGUGGGAAAGAUAUGAGAGGCUUGUCUCGACGCUCCGCUCUGAAGCCUGAGCCACGUCGUCGUCUCGAUCCUCCGAACCACACCUGCUCACCUUCCAACUAAGUUCACUUUCACCAGCGCCGUCGGACCAGCGUCGGGCUUCGACUACAGCUUCCUUGCUUCUCUUCACCUCGUCUUCUCUCUGUUCACCUCUUAGCUCUCACCGUCGGCACAAUUAUCUCUUCAUCUAGUUUUGGUUCCAACGCUGCUCUUGUUAAGAAAGUGAAGAGCAGGGUUUUGGUAUAUAGGAUUGCUGUGAAUUCUAUAUGGCUGCCAUCAGGAACACCAGCAGAAUGAUCUUCAAGGAGAUAUUGCACCCCUCCCCUAUACUUCCGUUCUCUUCUCUGUGCAGGCUUCCUAAAAACCCAGAAAGUCAUUUGCCAUUAGCUUGUGGAAAUGCUGUUCUUCCGUUAUCACGACGCUGGGUUGGUUCCAGUGCUAUUCGAUGUGCAGCUUCAGAUGCUGAUGGUGGGGAGAAAGUAUCAGCUCGACUCUCCCAGGUUCAGCAGCUCCUGCAAGAAGCUGAAGACCGAGCUCAGGUUUUUGAUAGCGGGCCUACUCCUAAAAUCACAUUGGAUCAUGUCGUAGUGAGCUUUGCAAGAAGUGGGGGGCCUGGAGGUCAAAAUGUAAAUAAAGUGAACACCAAGGUGGACAUGCGGUUCAAUGUUAAAAAUGCAUAUUGGUUAGGUGACAGAAUCAGGGAGAGAAUUAUGCAAAUGGAAAAAAAUCGUAUUAACAAGGAUGGGGAACUUGUGAUUUCCUCAACAAAAACUAGAACACAAAAGGGUAACAUUGAGGAUGCUUUGGAAAAACUUCAGGCAAUUAUUGAUGCUGCCGCGUAUGUCCCCCCACCUCCUUCUGAAGAACAAAAGAAGAAAAUUGCGAAGAUGGCUGCUAUUGGAGAGCAGAAACGCCUUAAGAGCAAGAAAGCGCUCUCCGAUAAGAAAGCAUUGAGAAGAAGUAAGGAUAGUUGGGACUAAGUUAUGUUAUGGAAUACCAAAAUCUUGCUGUUCUUGAUCAUUUACCUAGUUGCAGAGCAUGAAAGCUCAACCUUUUGAUGCUAUAAUUGUACGUGAGAUGAGCAAUUUAAUGUAACGAGGUGCAGCUCAGAAGCAUAGCCCAACGGCCAGCUUGCUGGAAAGGACCUCAAUGAAGUUUCAUUCUCAAAUUUAAAUGCUCUGAUUUUUUCUUUUUUGGUUGCAAUUGUGGAUAUAUACAAUGGGAUAAUGCUUGCCGCACACAUUGGGCACAGAACCAGAGAGAAUAGUGCAGCUUGACAUCUUUAGAUUUAGGACUCAGGAUACACUAUACAUUGUUCAUUAAAUUAGCUACUUGUUUCUAUGGUUUCAAUAAUGUACCAUGUGUACUUUAUAGUCUAUCGAAUUUGAAGAUUAACAGCUCAAGAUUGCCCUACUUAAAUGUUUUCUAUUGUUAUACGUUAUUCAUUAAAUUAACUACUUGUUUCUAUGGUCUUAA